UAUAAAAGCCCUGUUAUCCACUGCAGUCGCCACAGUCAGUUGUGAAUUGAACCACUGAGGCAACCGAAAAUUGCAGUUCAACGGAUUUAACUACAUUUGAAAGGAAGAAGUGAAAAUCAAGUGAUUAAAAUGAAAUUCUUAGCUUUGACAUUGUUGGUGUGUUUGCUGAUGGUUGCGCUGGUAGCAGCCGUGCCCGCUGAAGAAUCACUGCCAGGCGAUAUUUACAAUCAAGAUGAACAAGGGCGACAAAACUUCUUCAAAUUGAAGAAGAUCAAGAAGCUGCUUUUGGGCUAGGCAAAACAUACAAAUGACGUGUGUUUCAAAUUCUUAUUUUAGUUUUUUAUCACUUCAAUGUGUUCAUAGUUAUUUUUCAACAAUUGGUUUUUAUUGUAAUUCUUUUAUAAACUAUUUCUCAUGCUAAGCUCAUUUGUACAACAUAAGGAAAUUCUUUUUGUAAAUAUCCCACAACCAUUUUACUGUAAAUAUUGAUUUUCAAUAAAAAAUAACAAAAAUCGAAAAACAAA